GAGGAAUCCCCGUUUACAGUAAAAUAUUCAACUCUGGUAGAACAGGUCCAAGAGAUGAACGAUCCACUAGAAGAUGGUAUCUAGUUGUGAUAGUUCUUCUCUAUAUUGGCCUCCUAACCUCCUUCAGCCUCAACGUCAGCCUCCUGAUUAGGAAGGAUCCUGGAUCCAGCCCCAGGGAGGAUAUAUCCUCACAUAUACCUUCAAGUACAGGAGAACUAGGAGGAGUCCAGGGGAAGGAUGAACCUAAACUUCUAAAACAUGGAGCUGAAUUCUCAUACACUACAGCUUGUCUUGUACAAGAUCCAUGUGGUGCUGGAAGUUAUUACUCCUGUAGUAUGCGAAAAUGUUUAUUGUGUCCUAGGGACACCUAUCAAAAUCAAUGGGGACAAACAGCUUGUUGGCCCUGUCCCAAUAGAACACAUACAGAUUCUACUGGAUGCACUAGUCCCCAGCAGUGUAAACUAAUAGAAUGUGGUAAACACUCAAGACCGGAUCUAGCUGUACUGCAGACCCCUAACUACCCAAACCUGUUCCCGAUGACCUCGUCGUGUCACUGGAGGGUGCGCCCAGCUGAGUUCCAGACUUCUCUCAUCAUAAUCCCCAGUAUUUCUCUUCCCCAACUCUGUACUCAUACUCUUAAUAUACGCAGCCAAGUUGAUAAAGGAUCUGGUUUGAUCUAUGAGACGUGUAAAUCUAGUGAUAAACCUCUCCUCCUCACUGCACAAUCCAGUUCAAUUUACGUUGACUUUCAGGGGAAGGGUAACCUCACAUCACAAGGGUUUCAGAUAUCUAUCCUAUCCGUGAGUUCUGAGGUAUCCCAGGUUCUUGAAGCAGUUCUAUCUCCGGACUGGGAAAGAACAAGAACAGUUCUAGGAUACUCGCAGAAGGAGGACAGACUCGUCGCCCGACUUCUGUCCUUACUCUCACCAGGGCUGAGAAGGCAGGACAGGACAAGAAAACAUCAGGAGAAACCUCUAAUUGAGGUUGUGGAGGACACAGGACAUUCAGUCUAUCUUCAGGACAAACUUCAUAAAAACCAGGACGUGGAAGAACACAAUCAGAACCAUUUUCAAAUCAGCCAGGACAAAGUUUGAACAUCAGAAAGAUGAUUGUCGAAAUACCAAUUCGACAGAAGAAAGGCAUUGUGAGACAGAACUGUCGCUAUUUUGAAUCCGUGGUUUCUUACGAUUGUGUUUCGAGCUACAUCUCCUUGUGACUUUUCAAGAUUUCCAAAAUAUGUGGAAAACAUUCAAAAUGGUUGAUGAUAAACGGAGACUUUAUUUAUUUUCAGUAAGCACAAAACUGAAACAAAAAUGUUACUAUAACAUAUUCCUAAUAAACCCUUACAGGUAUUUUUAUUCCUUCUGAAUGUGUACACUGAAAAUAAAAGUAAUAAAGGAUUGAAGUUUUUUUUACCUUUAAAAAAUAGUAUGUUAUUUUUUCAC